AUGACUCACACUGACGAACCGAACACUGACACUGACGAAUUCGAGGACGACUCCCAACGGCUCCCGCCGCUUCCCCCGACCCAAGCCGACCAGGCCGAACCCGCCUCGCCCGCCAUGGAGCAGGACGACUCCGUCGCGGAGCUUGACGCUCCUAGUAUGAAGCUCGACGCCAUCCGCGACGGCGACGUCCCCUCUCCCAUCCCCCCGGUCUCCUCAGACGAGGACGAUUUUAUUCUUGUUGGCAACAAGCGUGCCAAGAAGACCCAGGGCUCCCAGCCAGCCAAAACAAAGCGUGCCCAUGACGGCACCGCUAAAACCGCCCCCGGUCCGAGUGCACGCAAGUCGCACCCCGAGACCAAAGCCCCGCCCCCCGUCAUCAUCCAGGACAAAAAAGGCAAAUCGAUCUUUGAUAUAAAGAGCGUUUGCCAACUAUCCUCACUCUCCGUAGAGGCGCCUCGCAAGCGUACCUACCCCGGACAAUGCCACCGUUGUCAGAACUACGGGCACUCUGCCCGUAAUUGCUUCGCUCGCCCACGGUGCGUUAAGUGCCUAGGCGAUCACGCCACCGCAGAUUGCGGCCGUAGGCCCAACACCCCCACGCCCCCCAGUUGCACCCUCUGCCUCACAGAGGGUCACACCGCGAAUUACCGCGGUUGUUCACGCGCCCCACGUCCCGCCAAAAAGAAGGCCAACCACACCCAGGGCAACCGUGCUCCGGCACGUGCCCCCGCCAAGGCUCAAACACAACCCGAGCCACUCGUACCCGCCCCUUUGCCUGCUAACAAUGCCUGGAUUAAACCCCCGGCAAUUGUAAGCAAGGUAGCACCCAACCUGCCCGCCCAGAAAGCCCCGCCCGCCCAGUCGGCCCCGCCCGCCCAAUCGGCCCCGCCCAUGCCCAUACACAAACCCGUCCCCAAAACACUGCCCGCGGCCCCCAAGGCCAACGGCAGCUCCCUCGCGCAGGACUUCGCAUUGGUCGCUCGCUUAGCCAGCACCAUCGACCCUAACGAGAUUGCCCUUCUGGCCUCCAAGCUCCGCCUGUAUAAGGAGUCGCCCCAAAAUAGGCUCCGUCUGCGAGCACAUCCGCGUACUUACCGCCAUCCUCAAUUUUAA